GUAGAGCUCAUUGGAUAUAUCUGAAGCCACAACAUUUGAGUAUGGCUGAUGAUCUCUCAGUGUGAGUUCUGAACUUUCCAUACAGAGCUGUCUCCGCGUCAACCUGCUAGGAAAACAGAAAGAUGUCCCUGAGAGCUAAAUAUAUGUCACUUCUUCUACUUCUGAUCAUGAUCGAUGGCCUUGAUGGUGAAGAAUGUGAAAAGGUUCAUCUUUCACAGAUAAAUGAGACCGUGAUGAUGAGAAUCUCACUUGAAUGUGGACGCAACAUUACUGUUUCGGACAAUCCAGAAGAGUUGCUUUGUAAUUCACCAAUUUCAUGUUAUAUUGAGUGCUCCUCUUACAAUUCAAGUAAUAACAAAAAUUUCACAGAAUCAGAAACAUUUUGCCUGAAAAAACAUCAUGUGAAUAACACAAGAGUUGACUUCAGCUUAAAUGACACAUUAUCCAAUUGUACUGUGGUCGAUUGCUUGCCUGGUGACAUAAGUAAACUCCUGGAAAUGAAAGCGGAAAACCUGAAUAUGCCAAAAGACAUGAGAAACAUUCUCAAUAUUAAAAAAAUGUGCGCAGAGGUGAUCUAUCAUAAAGAUGUUCUGGAUACCUACAUUAGAGUGGAAAAGAAAGCCAUCCAUGGUAUUAUAAAUAUGGAUUUUUCUGGGCAAUCCAAGACCUACUAUGAGGAAGAUCUUUCCAUCGCUGUGAUUAAGAUUAAUUUAAGCACGACAAAUGAUUUUGUACAAAUCGCCGCUCCAGGGGUAGCAAAUUUUGAUGAAGUAGCUGAUAUACAGAUGCCGGAUGAGCCUUUCAAAAAUGAGAAAGAGAGCAAAAUUGGCAUAGUUACCUACGAUUGUGAUCAGCACUUAAAGUUUAAAGCGAAAAAUAAAGUUUUUGCCUCCAAAAUCAUGCGGAUUGAAGUCCCUGGACGUGACAUUGCAAAUUUGAUCAAUCCACUUAAAAUGAGCUUCAAACUUCAUUACACAAAGGACACAUCUAAUUCCAACCUGUCCUGUCAAUUCUAUGACGAAAACGGAAGCAAAACCUGGAAAACGGAUGGCUGUAACACCACUCUGAUCAGUGAUAAUGUUGUGGAGUGUUACUGUAACCAUAUGACCCCUUUUGCUGUGCUUCUGAUCAACUCAACAAUAUCCGAAAAGCAAUGGGAAAUCUUAUCGUACAUCAGCUAUGUAGGCUGCGGUCUCUCUGCUGUCUUUUCUGCCAUCACUGUCUUGUCAUUCAUUUUCAACAGUAAUGCCAGAGCAGAAGUGUCCAGCAGCAUUCACGUGUCUCUGAGCGGCGCUCUGUUUCUCCUCAACAUGAGCUUCAUGCUCAACGAGUGGGCCGCUACACUGGCAGUGAAAGAAGUGUGUGUGUUUAUUGCUGUGACGAUACACUACAGCCUGCUGUGUUCUUUCACCUGGAUGGCUAUUGAAGCCUUGCAUCUCUACCUUCUUCUCAUCAGAGUCUUCAACAUUUACAUCAAAUACUACAUGGUCAAGCUGUCUCUGAUCGGAUGGGGAGUCCCUGCAGUUAUUGUUGGAGGCUUGCUGUUCGCAGUUAACAGCAUUUAUGGUAUAACUGAGAUAACAUUUUCUGAUACGAAUGCAAAAAAUAACAUUUGCUGGAUCAGAGACUCUCGUGUCCUGUAUGGCGUGAACAUUUUCUACUUCUCCGUCGUAUUCCUGUUCAACUUAGCAAUCCUAAUCACAGUCUCCAGACAGAUCUUCAAGCUACGACAUGUGGGCAACAGACAUGACAAGAUGCCAGUUUGGAAGGAUGCUGGCACAGUUUUAGGCCUCAUGUGUCUGGUGGGUAUAACAUGGGGUUUGGCCUUCUUCGCCUCUGGAUAUACCAGCUACCCGAUACUCUACCUAUUCUGCAUCUUAAACACAAUGCAAGGGUUUUACAUCUUUUUGUGGAUGUGUGGUACAGCGAGGAAAAACAGAGCGCAAACACCUCAUUCCAAGUCUAAAUCCACUCUGGAGAGCUCCAAAUAAGAUCCUCUCUCGCCGUUUUCUUACUAAACCCUCUGACAUGAUUUUACAAGAAGACAUCUUCCAGCUGACCCACAGAAAUGCCCCUGGGUUAAUGAAAAUGACAUUUACACAACAGGCAAACAAAAAAAUGGCAAUCUUCAGAACUUUUCCUCAUAAGCUGUUCAGUUUCAUUUUUUUUUUGCACGAGUACUUCCUUUGGUAAUAACAGUGCAGCGAAGAAAAAAAAACUCUUUCCUCUUUGUAGCUGCAGACACUAAAACCUUAUCUAUGAUCUAAUCUCAAACCUACUUAUCAUAUCUAACAAAAAUAUUAAAAGCUGUGAUUUGUAAAUAAAUAUGGUAAAUGCACAGUUGUUCUAUUAUUAGUGUUUUUGAAUUUUAUAAUAAUUUAAUAAUAAAUCUAUAAUUCUGAAAUGUAUGUUUGAGCCUGUUUGAAACACAUUACAAUAAUGCCAUUUAUAUAUGUACAUGUAAAAGUUUUAUUGCAUUUUUAUGUCUGGGUUCUUUUCACCGUUACGUCACAUAUGUUUCGUGUUGGUAAGUUGGUAAGUAAGCUUGCAGUUAAAUGUGAGAUGGUUCUUUUUGAAGUGAUGUUAAAAACUAGGCUGUCAGACAGGAAACCACAGCAAUCACAUGAGACCUGUGCUUCAGAGUGGUGACAGAGACUACACACACUAGAGGAACAUAGCAUUCAAAGAGAGAAAUGAGAGGCUUGCACUGUUUUGUUCUUUGGAUAUUUCCAAUUUUUUCUUCCACAAUAGCUAAUAAAAACCGUGAGUAUUAAUAUGCUGUAAAUUUCAAAAUUUCAGCUCAGAAUCAUGCAAUUUUAACUCGAAAAGAGUGACUGUUUUUUAUAGUCAUGUUUACUCUGUUGUGACAUAGUAAUAUUGGAAGUAAUGCUUUUAUAAAUAUGUGAAAAAGUGUUGUGAUAAAGACUUGAAUUUGAAUAAUUGAUUGCAAUACUAUUUACAUCCCAUUAUAUAAUUCAUGUCUACAGGUGUGCGUUGUGUGGGAUUACAAAUUUAUUUAAAUGUUUAAUUUAGAUUCCAAUGUAAUAGUGUACAAACUGAAGAAGUUAUAUACAUUGUAUUUAGCAUUUAUGGUGAAGAUGAUGACAUCAGAUGAACGAUUCAAGAGGUCCCUGCCAGUUUCUGUUCUCUUAUUGUAAGUCUAAUGAGCCAGAUGACGGAGACUCUUGCCUUUUGUUUGUAAUUGCUCUUGAUGCCCCUGCCCCAAUCUUUGGGCAGUUAGGCUGAUUAGAUUAGGAGUGGUUAAAUGGGGCAGGAUUCUAUACCUGAAUACCUCAUUUGCAUGCUUAAAGGUCGUCACCCAGGUGCCUUGUUUUCACUCCUAAGCACUGCCCCCUAAAUGUAUUUAAAACUACAAUGUAUCACUGCUUUUAGUUUAGACUUGGAUGACUACAGCGACGCGCAGCGAGUUCUCAAUAAAGAGUAACUUCUGUAUGAAAGAUA